AUGAGAGGGAUGCUUGAAACUCAGCCGGCGCAACAAGAGACUGUUCCUCUUGAAGGGAGUUCCAUCCAGCGGCGUAGCGCCGAAGACUGGGUGGGACGAGCUGGAGAAGCCGAUGCCGCAUGUGCCAGACGCGGCCUACGGUACAGGCUCGCAGCGACCGCCUUGACAUCGAUGUUCGAUGGAGUGGAACGCUCACUCUCGGCACAGGCACUCGCUAUGCGCUCCGCACGCUUAGGUUUCAACACGCGUGAGGGCGUCGAUAUUCAGCCAGUGGAAGGCACGGGACGUCCACUUCAACCCGACAACAAACGAGGCGGAGAUGACGAGCAGGGUGGGCUGGACGGCUCGACGCGGGGAGCGAGUCCGAUUUCACGGACCUUACACAUUGGCGUCGCGGCUCCUGCGCGCGGACGCUUCAGUUCUGCAGAAGUUGCUGGCGAAACAUGGCUCCAGCCAGCUCCUCUUCUUCCCCCUGGGCCCCCUCAAAGACACGAUGCGAGCGGCCAUGCGGCAGUUCAACCCCACAGCGGCACUCUCCUCAGUGUGCAGGGGCGCGACGAGCUGCUUGGCGGAUGA